AUGGACAUCUCUCCCCUCAACUCUGUGAACCAUGCCUACAUCCUGACCUGCACUCUUCUCGCCUUCAUCAUCUUCGUCGGCGACGGGAAUGUCUCGACGACAGAUGCCUUCUUCUUCGCCGCCAGCUGUACGACCGAAUCCGGCUUGAACCCUGUGGAUGUGAAAGCCCUCAAGCUUUACCAACAACUCGUCAUCUACUUCUUCCCCAUCAUCACGAAUGUGGGCUUCGUCAACAUCGUCGUCGUCAUCGCGAGGCUACGAUGGUACAAGAAGGCGAUGCGCGAGCAUGUGCGAUUCUCUACCUCAGCCUCUGAUGCCCAGGACACCUUGCCAUCCUCCGAGACUGCCACGGCCCCUCCCACGCUUGAAAAGCGUCAUGAUGGUCGACAAGUCCCCAGCGACCACGUGCAAGAUACUUCUGAGCAAGCAUCGGUGGAUCCCAAAGAGUCUCGCGUUGCCACCAUUCAGUGGGCGGAGGAGGUUCGCAAUGCAGGCAAAGGCAAAGCACUGCGAGUGCCUGGUCCUCGUGAUCGAGAAAGGGGUGCUCCUUUAGAGGAGGUCGACCUCGAGCGUAAUGACGACGACCGUAUCUCCGUGCUUGGCCGCAGGAACCGUCGCGAUAGCUCCUUGCACGAGCGGAUCAGCCAUGCCACGACCACUGUGUCUGUCGAUCGAAUCGCCUCGUCUCUGUUCGUGAUUGGACAGACAGCGCCUAUGCGAAAGACACAGUCACGCAGUCUAGCAGAUACGAGGGCUGCGAACAUCAGUGGAGAGCAGCGACCACCGAAAUACGAACUCGAGGAUCCAGACAAAAUGGGUGGGAUUGAGUAUCGCAGCUUAAAGUUAAUGCUCAAAGUGGCCGUUGGUUACUUUGUCGGUCUACAUCUUCUUGGUGUGCUGUGCCUCUUACCUUGGAUCUAUCGUAGCCCUGCAAAGUAUCACGAAUAUCUCGCUGAGCAGGGGAACGACAGAGCUUGGUGGGCGAUAUACACGUCGCAAACCAUGAUCAGCAAUCUAGGCUUCACCUUGACCCCAGAUUCCAUGGUCCAUUUCGCCGACGCGACCUGGCCAUUACUUGUCAUGACGUUUCUCGCAUACGCCGGAAACACAUGCUACCCCAUUCUCCUUCGACUUCUAAUCUGGGUCAUGGCCAAAAUCACCCCCAAGAACAAGUCGAUCCAGCAACCUCUCGCAUUUCUACUCAAUCAUCCUCGUCGAUGCUACACACUACUCUUCCCGAGCACACCAACAUGGAUCCUCGGCUUCAUUCUCUUCGCUCUCAAUGCCAUCGACAUCAUUCUCAUCAUUGUUCUUGAUCUCAACAACCCAGCUGUUAACUAUCUUGAGCCAGCCAACCGCUUCGUCGCUGCGCUCUUCCAAUCAGCUUCCGCCCGACACACGGGCACGGCGACAUUCAAUCUCGCCAACGUCAGCCCCGCAGUCCAGUUCAGCUUGCUGGUCAUGAUGUACGUUGCCGUAUAUCCCAUCGCAAUCAGUGUCCGUGCCAGCAACGCAUACGAAGACAAGCCCGUAGCACAGUACAGUCAUGAAUUGGAGCUUGACGACGAUGCGAACCAGUCGGGCUACCUUAUGAAACACAUCCGGAAUCAACUCUCUUUCGACCUCUGGUACAUCUUCCUUGGAACUUUCUGCAUCACAACCGCCGAAGCAGGGCGAAUCGCUGAUAAUGCCGAUCCGGCCUUCUCUGUCUUCAGCAUCAUGUUCGAAGUCGUGAGCGGUUAUGGCAACGUAGGACUGUCCUUGGGAUACCCUACCAAUUCUGCGAGUCUGAGCGGCGAGUUCACGAUCUUUAGCAAGUUGGUCAUUUGUGCCAUGAUGAUCCGCGGUCGUCACAGGGGCUUGCCGUAUGCGCUGGACCGUGCAGUCAUGUUGCCUGAGUACGAGGAGCAAAACCGUGAUGAGAGCCAGUUGGCUGCAGAGGCGGACGGGGAAAUGAAACAGGAGUGGAGGGGGGUGCCGAUAAGGAAGUUUCGUACACAGUAG